CUCUGUUCUCGCGAGAUGAGACCGGCAGUUCCGCCUUGGCGCGGGCGGAACGAAGUGCGCUUGCGCAGUGCUGGGCUGACCGGCUGAGGACGAGGUAGAGGGAAGUGCAGGUUGGUUCGGUGAGAGAAAGCGAUGUGUUGACUCCGUUUUUCUUGCUUACCUCAUAAUCACCCAAUUCUCAGAGCCUUCCUUUCUGCCCGCUUCGGGAGGAUGUGAGCGGCAGUAGCAGCCUUGCUAGUGAGUUUUGAAGAAACGGCAGUAGCAGCCUUGCUAGUCAACACUUCAGCUGGAGACACUCCUCCAUCCUUUCAGGACAGGAGAGCAGACCUUCUGAAAGCUUGGAAAGAGCCAGGCCCUGAAUAACAGCUAGAAGGAAAGAAGAAAGGGCCUUUACAACGUGCUUCUGACAACUCAUAACCUCUUUGAAGCUAGCUGGAGUCCAGCCGUGUGUACACCAUAGAAGAGUAAAGAAGUGCCAAGCAAGCGACUUUACCACACCAGAACUCCACUGGGAGAGCCAACCGAGGGAGGAUCUAAGGCUCUUCAGGAAAAAGACACAAUGAAUACUGUUAUAUGUCUACUAAUCUGUUUCUGUCCUUGUACCCUUUCUGCAGGAUGGAAGGAUAACUCACUGGUCCGUAUUGCUCAAACACUGGCUUCCUCAGCACAAGCAGUAGACUGUUGGAUCUGUGUCCCUAGAGCCCGAUCUGUCAUAGAUCAUAGUGACCCUUUUGUCUACCCUGUCACUAAUUUCACUCAGGUCCCAGAUGGGGUCUGGACACCAACACUGGACCUCAGGGCUCGUACUAUUAUGUACCGGGUACGGAUAGUAGGCCAUCUGGUUGAAGGCAUCUCUGCUGUUCCCUGCCUUACUCUUCCUCUUGUUGCCGCUAAUACCAUUUACAUAACCCACAUAGAUGGUAGUCUCAGGGAAACACGGAUUCCAGAGUAUUUCGAAAUGAUACCCCCUCCCAAGUCAGGGCAGUUACCUCUGUGCAUGCAGAAAAAUACUCGAUUUUCCGCAGAGGAGUUUAAAGUAAUAGCUGAUUACUCCUUCCAGAAUCAUCCUUGGAUGGAACGUACAGGGUUUCGAGUGGGAGAAUACUUCUACACCAGAGACCCAUUAAAGUAUUUUAAAGAAGAAAUGGUUUUCUGUGCUCCCCCAGGAUUUGUGUUUGUUUGUCAAAUUAGUGGACAGCCCUGGGCAACAGACUGCCUAAGAAAUUUUUCCAGCCCUACCCAGUGUAUGCUGAGUACCCUAGUUACACCAUUCUCCAUUCACUCUUUAAAUGAGUCCACUCAUUGGGGAAGCUCUUCGAAGCUUUUCACUAGAGUGACACGGGAUUUACCAGGAAAGGUACCAGAUGGGUAUUGGUAUAAUUUUGACCAUUCCUUUUUACCCUGGUGGGGAGCCCAUCAAUGGGUACUCCGAAACCUGUCCCAAACCCUGAUCACCAUAGCUAAUGAAACUGCUUUAUCCCUUUCUGAUCUACCACACUCCUUGGACUCUCUUGCAAAAGUUGUACUGGAUAAUCGAAUGGCUCUAGAUUACAUGCUAGCUGAACAAGGGGGUGUAUGUGCUAUUGCUAAUACAUCUUGUUGUACCUAUAUCAACACUUCCUCUCAGGUAGAAACCAGCAUAGAAAAGAUUAGACAGCAAGCUACUUGGUUAUAGCAAAUGUGAGCAUCAUAGGGCCAUUUUAGAUAGCAGGGGUGGGGUCCACAGGCUGGUUUUCUAGUCUUUUUUUUUCCCCUGGAUCCCAAAUGGUAUCAAAUCUGUUUUAUUAGUUACCUUUCAUUUUGGUAUGAUUAUUCUAUUGAUUAUAGGGUCAACAUAUAUACUUUUCUGCUGAGCACUCUGUUGCAUACCCUACCUAUGCAAAACCACUAUUGGAGCCUUUAGUACACACAAGGAUGAUUGGCAAAGGCAGGUACAGGCCUUCCACCAGAAAAAUCCUCCAACACCAUCCAACUUCAGCAGGAAGCAGCAAGAUGACUACAGCGUCCCUUAUUCCAUGGAAGUGGAUGGGAAAAAAUUGACAGUGGGGAAGUUGUAACAGGGACUACCUAAAUAUGGUCAUGGUGUAGUUUUAGCCUAGUGACUAACUUACUUUGCUAGCCAUCCUGCUUUGCUGGAUUACUCAUGUUUAAAACUAACUUUUCCCCCUCCUUUUUCUUUUUCCCUCUCAUUCUUGCCUCCCCCCACCCCCUGCCUUGGGUGUGUCUGGGGGGCAGGGGGGUAAUUCAAGAUGAACAUUCUUUCUGCUCCCUAUCUCCAUGACCACAGGAAUGAGGAAACUAACAUCAGCAAGACAUUUCAACAACUGGCACCAGCAAAUGGGGAGAUGUGGGCCCCCAAAGACCACCAUCUGGCUGAGUCAUGUCUUCUAGCAUGCACACUCAGAGUCCACUUUGCAGACUUUACUUUAAAAACCACCUGGAUCAGGGGAUAGGGGUGGGGGACAGCAGCUUAUGAGAUGUUAGUCUGCUGCACUCUUCCUUUGCAGAGAGAUCAA